AUCAGAUUGAAACAGUUCCCAUCUGCCAAUGAGAACCGGUAAAGUGAUCAGAGGGAAUUACCUAGAAAAUGUGCCUGAAGUCAUUCCAUGCUGGCAUAAAGUCAUUGCUAGCGCCGCUUAGCAUGUGAGAGGAGGAGAAAGGAAGAGCUGCACACGGAUUCUGAAAGCUUGAAACAUUUAAAACACUGUUUUCUUUGCUCCUCUUGCAAACAUUUGGUCAGAAACAAUGCGUUUCAUUGCUGUCCUUGUUUUCCUGACGGCCUGUGCUCUGGCUGACGACUCUCAUUACUCGUUCUCGUCGUCGGUGGGAGGGGGAGGAGGUGUCUCGUACAGCGUGGUCGGGGACGGCAGAAUCACCGCCGUCAGAGUGUGGGAGCUCUCCAACAACUACAUCUACGGCUUCCAGUUCCAGUAUGAAUUUUCUGGCUGGACUCCAGUUGUCGGCUACGUUUCCGGCGAAGCCAAAGAGUUGAAGCUGAAUGACGAUGAGAGGAUCAUCCAGAUCUCUGGGAAACACUCCCACUACAUCCAGUCGCUCAUCUUUGUCACCAACAAAGGCCGCUCCCUGCAGGUCGGCCAGCCGUCCGGCCAUUCCUUCAACAUGUAUCCGACCCACCCAGACGCCGAGCUGCGCUUCCUGAGCGGCUGGGUCAGUGGGCCGCCCACUGCCUUCCAGGCCCACUGGGCCGUCGUGGACUCUGACUUCACUGAUGAUUAAUGAUGAAGACAAAACGACGAUGCAAUGCUGCUAAUUUCACUUAAAUGAUAUAUAGUACAUUUUCCCAAACUUUAAAGCUGAUUGUGUAUCAUUCAUUUUUAAAUCACCGCUUUGAUUGACUUUUAAAUUAAGAUCUGGUAAAGUAGAAUGGUUAGUACUGUUUAUUUACGAAACUUUGUCUUUUAUUGAUUUCGUUUCAACAUUUUAAAGGAGUUGUGAUUUUAAAAAAAUAAGUAAACUAAAUAUACAUGAAGGUAUUCCAUAAAAGAGCCUACUUUAUUCCCUUUUUCCCUAAAUAUAAAGAUAAAUGCUUCUAUUGAACUAUAUGUAUAAUUUGGUAAAGGGAGUCUGUUAUAUUGUCUGUUUCUUUCUUUUUAUAAGUUGAGCAUUCUUGUGUUGUUCUUUCAUUAAAGCAAAAUUCGUACAAUUAAUCACUUCA